AUGGCAAGUGAGAACUGCUCGGGCUUUCAUUUGUUCUCUCCUCCAUCCUCUUCAACACAAUUGGGUAUCGAUAGUGUAUUCGUGUUCCCUCAAGAGAGCACAUCCUUGAUGAAUAACCCCGAUAAACCCAAUUUGGGUGCCGAUAGUGACUAUCUUUUGAACCAAAUUUAUUCCCGUGUCAACCUCUUGAACGUGGACCACCAUUCUUCGCUCUCCACAAUGGCAUCCGAUAGUAAUAGUAAUAACAAUAAUAAUAAUAAUAAUUCCAGAGGCUCGUCUCCUAACGCCUACCAACAUGAAGCCCCAGUGCUUACUCCAAAUUCUCAUAUGUCGCUUUCACCUCCCUCCACCGCAGAAGCUCCAUCAUCCUCUCAACAAGACAAUUUUUAUCUAUUACAAAACAACCAAAGUAUUCUUGCCACCUCCCUGGCAAUAGAUCUACCAGAAAACGAUUUCACAGGAUUUAUGAAUGGCGGGGGCAAUCAUAGUGAUUGUAUCCGCUCGGAAAUUAACCAUAAUGACAAUAAUAAAUUCACCAUCAUGCCUCAUGAUUUGACUUCUAGUCAUUCGGCCAUGAGCUCUCCAUUACAUUUUACUACCACGUCAAAAUUACAACACGACUCUCUCAUGAUUGACGAUAACCUCAGUGUCAUAAGCACGAUCUCACCAAACAGAAAUAUCGAUCCUCCUGAGGAUUUAGCGUUGAGUGAUUUUGAUAUGAGUAAUGAUCUAUACAAUAAUAUUAAGAAUGAUAAUGACAUUGGUUUCAAGUAUGAUGAUAUUAAUAAUAUUAAUGACAAAAAAGAGCCAGAGCCAAAAACUAAUACCAAUAAUCCUAAAAAACUACAGCCCAAAACAGAGAAGCCUCAACGGUUAGAUUUCCGAACCUCAAAUGGCAGUUUGUCUUCGCUAGGCCGGACAUUCACAUUUUCUGUCAAUGAUAAUUUCAUUACCAGCGGGAUUUCCUACAAACAAAAUAAACCCACACCGCUUCGAAUUCCUACUGCAGAUAAAUCCAAAGCAAAACAUAAUCGGGAAGGCUCACUUUGCACAAUGAUGGGGAAAACUAGCUUGCAAUCGCCAAUCACCCCGAUUUCAGCAUCCUCUAAGAAAAAGUUUCCUCCGUUAUGUGUAGAUAUCCCUCAUACCACAAAGGAUUUCAAGAUGAACGAUCAUUUAUCAACCCCAAUUUUCCAAACCUCAGUUCUUGAUUUCUCUAACGAUAAUAAGAAAAAAUCCCACAAGGUUCAGAAAUCUGGCACCGCUAAAAGUUCUAUUCAAAAAGUUCAUAAAAAAUCCCAGAGUUUGAGUUCACAAUCAUUGACCAACCUUUCCCAUCAUGAUUUGGUGGAUCAUAAAAAAUUACUGAAUGCUUCAUCAACCUCUAUUCAUUCCUUGGCUAAUAACUCAUCAUCGAGCAUCAAUAAUAACCCACACAUAAUGAAUUCGAGCACCAAUACUCCAAUCGCCACUCCAAUUAAUAAUGCCAUCAAGAAACUUCCACCAUCGCUCAAUAAUUUGCGAAAUGGUGGAAUGUACAGUAGCAGCUUUUCUCCAGUUAAUUCCAGCUUCACCAACUUGCAAAUUCCUAACAAAUUUGUGGCCCAAAAAAUCGAAGAACCUUCGGGGUUAUCCACGAAGAUGUCGUCUAAUAACAAUAACAAUGUUGAUAAUUCGUUUGUACUAUCACUUUUGAGCACUGGUGAAGAACCUAGUGAUUCUGAAUCUUUCAAUCCAACCACUGGUUUUGAUGCAGGAGGAAAAAAUUAUUUUUUCAACAAUGAAAGCGUGAAUUCGUUUGUUGAUGGGUUAAGGAACGAGAAAAUCAAUCAAGAUGAUAAAAUAAAAUGCGAAAAUUUUGGAGAUUUUUUGGAUGAUAAAGAUUUGGCGAAGUUUUCUGGGGAUGAGAAUGAUAGUGAUAAUUGGAAACCUCAUGGUAAUCCUUUCGAUAAUGCGAAAUCGUCAAACUAUCAAAGCCCUGAAGCCAUCAAUGAUGCUGACAAGAAUUUCAUUGACCAAAAACAACCAUCAGAAGUUUCAGGGAUAAAAAACGGUACCACUAUUAAUCCUUCUAAAUUGACCUCUCCGGUACUGAGUUCUUUCAACAAUUUUCUCAAAUUUAAAGCAUCAAAAUCAAUUGAUUUCAAUUUAGAUAAUGAUAUCAACAAGAUUCUACCAUUGGCAACGACCACCGAAGAUUUUAUGGAAUUUGGGCUGGUUCUUGAUGCAAAGGCCAACGAUAUGAAUGGGUCGGAUGUUUUGCGGGAUUCUGACGAGGAUUUGGCGAGUGAUGGGGUUGAUACUCCAAAUUACAAAGCGUUGUUCAACAAUGUCAGUUACAAGAUGGUUAAAAAGAAGAACAGCAAAACUGAAGUCAUUGGGGGUGAAGAAGAGUCUACAUUUAGUGAACUGGAUAUAAAUGAUUCAUCAAGAAAAAUUGGUGCUGCUACCAAAGCUACCUUGAAAGAAAAAUUGAUCAGGAAAAAAAGUAAUGAUGGCGAAUUCCAACAUAAGAGUUCCAUAAGUUCAAUGGCCGCUAAACUUAAAUCGCCGAUUUUGAACAAGAGGAAUAAAUCUUCUCUGGAUGAUGGAAGCGGUGAAAAUGGUAAUUUCCCAAAUCAAUUUCCAAGACCUUCAAUUCAAGUACCACCAAUCCAAUCACCUCAUUUUGCUGAGCAACCGAUUUAUUCUGAACAUCAAAUGAUUGUCCAGAAAACCUAUUCUGAGCUUGUCAACGCCGCGCGUAAUCGGGCUGGAUCCAUCAAUUCCAGCGUUGAAAAUCUCAGUACUGUGAACUCUUUGAAUGGUGGAGCGUCCUCUGUUUUCUCAGCCAAUACCACGGGGGCCAGUAGUAUUUAUUCCACGUCGAAUGAGACUUUUGAUGAACCAAAGAGAACGGUGGUGAGUGAUCUCAAUGCUAAUAAAUCAUUGGGGAACCUGCCUGAUUCUUUAACUAGCAUGAUAAUCAUUGCCUCUCCUCAUCAACACCAUAUCCAACAACAAGAACAACAACAACAACAACAACAACAACAACAACAACAUUCACCAUAUACUAGCACUCCAUUAUCGGUGAUAGAUUCUCGCACCCCAUCACCAGAGGAACGUUCGGAGAUCGAAGAACCUAAUUCGUCAUCUGGUGGUACGCAAUUUGUGAAACAGCCGAACCGUCGUGGUCGGAAACCGAGCUUACAAUAUGAUCCCACCAAGAUCUUCAGCUGUACCUUGUGUCCUAGAAAAUUCAAACGUCAGGAACAUUUGAAAAGACAUUUCAGAUCGUUGCAUACUGGAGAAAAACCAUUUGGAUGUAACAUUUGUGGGAAAAAGUUCAGCAGAAGUGAUAAUUUGGGCCAACAUUUGAAGACUCAUAGUAGCUAG